AUGAAUUUAAGAAUUUUUGAUAAAACCAAAUCAGCAUCAAGGAGAUUAAAAAGUCCAAGAAUAUUCAAAACAGAAGGCAAUUAUUAAUAACAACCUAGAGAAAACAAAAGUAUAUAUUAUAAUUAUUAAUAGAUGAUAACUAAAAUAAGCCAAAAUCAUUUAUUAAUGGCAAAUCUGGAUUAGGUAAAAGAGAUUAUAGUGAGAAUUAAUCAUAAAUUACACAAAAAAGUAUAUAAAACAUUUAUCUAAAGGAUUAAUUGUUAAUAGUUAUUCACAAUAAACUAGAUAAUAAUAAUAAUAAUCAAACCAUACUCACACUAAAUACAAUACCUUUUUAGAUUCAAUCUUGAAAUUAAGUAAAUCAAAAGAAAUGAAUAGAGUACCUAUUAGAAAUAGAAAAUAAAUGUGGCAUAAUUAUGUAAGUAAAUAUCUCACUUAAACACUAAAGGUUAACCCUGAAUCUUCAAUUCCAGAAAGAAGAGUACAAAGUCAAAUAAACAUAUUAAAAACAGAUGAAACCUAUAAUAAAAAUAGAUCAACCGCUUCUUUAUGUAGUCUUGAAUCACAAGAUACUUUCCAAUUUAAUCUAAAAUAUAUUCAUAAAACAAGAUAAGGUUAAAUAGCUAAUAACCCAAGUAAAGUAAACUAAGAUAUUUUUUAUUGUUAAACCAAUUUCAUUGAAAAUUUCCAUUUAUUUUUUGUUUGUGAUGGACAUGGUUAAAAUGGACAUCUAGUAUCCAAUUUCAUUUAAACUAAUUUACCUAAUAAUAUACAAAAAGAUAAAUUAUAAUUAUUAUCACACUAAAUUAAAGAAACACUUUAGAAAUCUAUUUAAAAUACUUCUAUUAAUGUAAACAAAUAAUCAUUUGAUACAAACUUUAGUGGUUCUACAUUAAAUGGAAUAUUACUGUAAGAAAAUGGUAAAAUUCAUUCAUUUAAUGUUGGUGAUAGUAGAACAGUCAUUGGUAAAUUUAAUGGAUACGGUUCAAAAUUUAAACCUUAUCAAUUAUCAAUUGAUCAUAAAUUAACUAUUAAAAAAGAGUAAUACAGAGUAAUCUCAUCAGGAGGUAAAGUAGAUACAUUCUAUGAUUAAAAUGGUAUAUUAUUAUAUAUAUAUUAGGUAAUUCUAUUGGACCUAUGAGAGUUUGGGUAAAUGGAACAUAAUAUCCAGGUUUAGCUAUGAGUAGAAGUUUAGGAGAUUAAGUAGCAUAAUCUAUUGGAGUUAGCAGUGUUCCAGAUAUUAUUGAAUAUUAAUUAGGAUUGAAUGAUAAAUUUAUAAUUAUUGCCUCAGAUGGAGUAUGGGAAUUCUUAGAUAAUUAAAUUGUUGUUGAUAUUAUUGGAAAAUACUACUAAUAAAAUAAUAUUGAAGGGGCUAGUGAAGAAUUAAUGAGAGUUGCAUAUAGAAUGUGGACAAUAGAUGAUGAUUCAGUUGUUGAUGAUAUCACUUUUAUAAUUAUAUUUAUUUAGAAUUAAUGA